UAGAUUUUUUGCAUUUCCCCAAUUCCUUCCUUCGAAUGCAGCCGCAGCACGCAGUUGGCUGGGUUGCAGUCGCCCUUUCGCUGCUCUUUGCCGGCAAGUCACUGCAGCCAAUCCCGGCACCACCCAAGCCGGUGGCGUCGCCAAUGCAGUUCCAGCCAAGCCAGGCGCUGCUGACGUUCCAGACGGGUUUGCGCGCGGCAGAGUACUCGUCCGAGUUCCUCGCUUCACGCGUCUACAACUGCUCAUGCAGAGUCUUCCAACUACAACUGGCACAGAAUCAAUGGAAUCCGACGGGUCCGGGCGCAGAGUCGCUCGACAAGCCACCAUCAACGUCGGUCGGCGGUAACCAUAAUGACGACCAGCAGCAGGACCUGCGAUGGGCUCCAUCGGCAGUACUGUCGUCGUACUCGGUCGGCGCAACGUCCUUGUACGUGACGGUGGGUGCGCUUGAACCGGGUGCAACGUACCAAUUCCGCGCGUCGUACAUGUGUGUUCAUGGCGAAGGACCUGCUGGUCACCCGAGUGCUGCGAUUCAAUUGCCAUUGUCGAUAGAGCCAGAGCAACCAGCAGAUCCAACUCCAACGAGUAACGUCGUCCCAUUGGCAAGCGAGGCAGAGCUCAAGGCCGAAUCCGAAAAAGUACAAUCUCAACAACGCGAGGAACUGGACUCGUUGACCAAGGAAAACGCCAUUUUGCGGAGUCGCAUCAUUCAGCUGGAAAGCAUGCUAGAAACGGCAUCGAGUGCUCUUGCACUUGCGCGGGAGGAGCUGGAGCAGUGCCAGUUGCUUCGUGAUCGAGCAUUGACUUGUCCCGAGUGUCCAGCUUGUCCGGCGCCGAUUCCAUGCGUCUGUGCCCCUCCGCCCUCGUUGCAAACGCAACUGCUGGGCUUUUUGAAAGGGCUGGCAAGUCCUUCUGCCGACACAGAGGACGAGGACAGCCGCAAGCCCAAAGCGCUUCAUCGCCGCUCGGAAGUUCUCAUGACCGGCGGCGUUCUUCUGCUGGUCGCACUAUUCUUGCUUGCCAAAUUGACUUCAAAGCCGCGACCCGGCUCUUCAAAUGCGGAGUCCGUUGAACCCACGCAAGUGGCUGGGCUGUUGCAGCCAACCUUCUCCCAACAGCAUUCUUCCUCGUUGCUUCCUGUAGCACAAGACGACAUUGACCAAGAGUGUGCCACGAACGCAGCUGUCUUGGAAUUGGAGCGGGGGCACGAGCUUCAAGUAGCCACGCUGAAGGAGCAGCAUGCAGCAGAGUUGGCCAAAAUUGAGAAUGCAAUGGCCGAAUGCCAGCAAGCACGCGCGCACGAGUCGGCCGCUGCUGACAGCAAGCUUGCUGAAAUCCAAGUAAAGCAUGAUGCGGCUAUGGAGGGACUCCGACUUCAAGUACACGCCGAGGCCGCUGCCCAGAAAGCGUCGGAGGUGGAGGCUUUGACAGCCGCUGCCACAAAGAGCGAGCGGGCAAUGCAGCAACGCCACAUUGCAGAGCUGGCUGAGGCCAACCAAGCCAGUCAAACAAAGUGGGACACUGCGCUGCAACGUUUGACGGAGCAGCAUGCCGCCGACAUCUCCUCCAUGAAACAGCAACUCGAGGAGGCUGCAGAAAAGCAGUGUCAAGCGCAACUUGCCGCGUUGGAAGCAGCACAUCAAGUCAGGUUGGGCAACGCCGUCUCUGCUGCCAGCAAAGCGAGCCUGGAUGCACAGGAAAUAAUCCAUCGCCAAGAGCUCGAUCAAGCACGGAUUACCUCGAAUCAGUCGCACGAAAUUCAUCUCGCAGAAUCCUUGAAAGCCCAAGAAGAGCAGCUUCGAGAGGCCUUUGUGCGAGAACUGGCAGAGUCGCUUGCCAAGCACACUAGCGAGCAAGCCGCCGCUGCUGCAGAGCGUGAGAAUGAGCUGCAGCAUCAAUUUUCGCUACGCAUCACCACGCUAGAGCAAAAUUUUGGUUUGGCGGGCGUGCUUUUGAGCCAGAUUGAAGCACAAGUGGAGGCCCAGUUGGUAGCGGCAGCCAGCACCGCCAACCACGAGACCCGGUCCAAUCUGUCGACGAGCGAGCCGAUUGUCGAUGAUACCAUCAUGCAAGCAACUACAAUGCAUCUCAUUCGCAUGGAAGAGCUACCGCUUGAGCAGCGGAUUGUCAGCCCUGUCGUUGAGACGAGCCUGCCAAUCUUGUCUGCGUCUAGCAACAUUGCUCAAGCGAGUUCCACCCCAGCUAUUCACCUGCAUGCUGUUAGAAACACCAGUGACGACUUGCAAAACGAGCGCGUUGAAUCGGCCGAGUUCCCGCCAAUGACACCGACAGGCAAGACUCGUGCCUCUUCAUUUUCUUCUCCGAAUGGCUAUCCGUCGAUUCGACACGACGGCGGCACUGAUGCCGGCUCCAGUUUGAGCUCCAAUCUCAGUGCCAGUCAGCCCGAUCUCAGGGAGCUGUCGCGUUCCGCCAGUCCCGACCGAUCCGAGGGAGCUCGAACGCCCCAGCCGCCCUUCCGCCCGCGCGUGCCCUCCGACACUAACAACUUAUUCCGAUCAGGGGCGCGUGUUUUUGUUCGUGAUAGUCCUCACUCCUCGCUCAACACAUCACCAAACUUGCCAUUUUAUUCGCCGUUGCCUCCUGGUGUUCCGCGGCCUCUGCUUGACAAUGCGCAGCCCAGCAAGGAGCCAGCGUCCACAGCUCAGUCAUCGUUGGAUACACCUGCCGCAUUGCGGCCUCGCGUAUACUCGCUGCCUUCCUCACAAGUAGCCCGUCCAUACCGCUCAGGUUCAAGCUACUCAAAUCGUUCGAGUUAUGUCGCCCCAUCCCCUCCGACCAGUUACAGCGAGAGCCCAACCUCGCGCCACUCCUUUGUAAGCCCGUCCAAGGGCUCGCACGGGACGGCAACGCCAACAGAUGUGGAGGUAGUACCCCCAUGCCCCAAGUGUCCGAGAUUGUUGGCGCUUUUGCGGCACCAUCACGUGCCCGUCUCAGACGCGCUUGCGUCUGGCAUUGCGGAUGAUGUCCGCUAGUGCAGCACAUUCCGUUGUUUUGUUGUGUUUUGUUUCUACUAGUUGCUUUUUUUUUUUUGCUUUUUUUUUUAAGUUCGUUUUGCGAUCAGUUUGCUCCCGUUUCGUGUUGUC